AUGGGGAGCUAUCAGGAACUUGUGAACCAUUCAAAAGUGAUUUUGAAUGCUGAAAACUACGGCUUCUGGAAGGCAAGGAUGAGAUCGCUCAUUAGAGGAAUUGAUCCUUUGGUAUGGAAGUUGGUCUUGGUUAAGUGGGAAGAGCCGAAACAGAAGAAUGACUCUGGAGCUGAUGAGCCUAAACCUGAAGAAGAUUGGUCGGAAGACAAAACGAAGAAGUUUAAAUACAACUCAAAAGCACUGACGGCUAUUCACUGUAGCAUAUCAGCUGAGACGUUCAAUCUAAUUCAGGGAUGUGAGACAGCCAAAGAAGCUUGGGACAUACUACAUAUACAGUUUGAAGGAACUACCAAAGUUCAGAACUCAAAGAAGGACAUGCUAGCUUCACUUUUUGAAAACUUGAAGAUGGAAGAGCAUGAAACCAUUGCUGAUUUCAGCUCCAAGCUGAGUUCUCUGACUCAGGAGGCUGCCACUCUUGGGAAGCAUUACAAAGACAAAAAACUUGUGAAGAAGUUUCUAAGGUGUCUUCCUUCCAAGUUCAUGGGGUAUAAGUCAGUCCAGAGUGUGAAUCAGGAUACUGAAUCUCUAAGCUUUGGAGAGAUUGUUGGGAUGCUACAGUCUCACGAGAUGGAACUGAACGGUGAGAAGAAGCAGAAAGGGUUGGCACUGUCAUCGGUCCUUGAGACAAAGUCAUCAGAGGAAGAGAAGUGUGAGGAUGCACUAGGGCUGCUGGUGAAGAGGUUUGACAAGGCACUAAGACGAGCUGAGAAGACAUAUGAUCAGAAGAAGGUUGUACCAGCAAGACGGACAAAAGAAAGCAGUGAGAGAAGGGGUGAUGUUCAAUGUUACAAAUGCAAAGGUGUUGGGCAUUUCAAGACUGAGUGUCCUACUCUUAAGAGGAGGGAAAUUCAGUGCUUCGGAUGCAAGGGUUUUGGUCACACACAACUGGAAUGUGUUAAUGAUCAAAAUCGAAGGAAGGAGAGAUCCAUGCUGGCCGAGGAGGAUACCAGAGAUGACAGUAGUGAAGGCACUGUGGAGGAAGUUAACAACUUCGUCUCAUUCAUAGGCAUUGCUGAAUUUGAUGAGAAUAUGGCUGUGACAGAUGCUGAGUCGGAAGUUGGGGCUGAUGAUGAGCUGAAGAACGCUGACUUGAAGAAGGAGAAUCUUCUACUUGAAGAGAAGGUGGAAGAGUUGCAGAGAGAACUGGAAGCAGCUCAGAAACUGAGUAAAGAAAGUGUUGCAUUGAUCAAAGACAAACUGAACCUGGCAAAGAAGGCUGAACAACUGGAGCACGAUCUGAGUCAGGACAAAGGUAUUUCAAACAACCUGAUGGGAGAGCUUAUUGAGCAGCGCAAAAAGAUUCACAUGUUUGCUGGAACUAAACAACUUGAUCAGAUCUUAAGCUAUGGGAGGAGGUCUGACGUUCGUAGAGGACUGGGUUACAAUGUUCGAACCAUGGUUGAAACAGGUACCACAAAGUUCUGGAAGCAAGUGAGGAAGCUGAAGGAACUCGGGAGAUUUACCUGGAAUGGGUUCAGAAACCAGAUUUGGGCCAGGAAAGGUGAUCUAAGACAGGCAACUCCAAGACAAUCUCAGAGGGGAGUGCCUACGCAGAGCACGAACCCAGGAUUGGGGUUUAAGUGCAACAUGGCUCUUGUAACAGAGGAUGAUGAUCAAUCUGCCACAUGGUACUUCGAUAGUGGCUGCUCACGACACAUGACUGGUACCAAAGGGUUCCUACAGAGUCUGAAAAAGAUCAGAGGAGGCAAGGUCACGUUUGGUGAUGGAAGCAUUGGUGCAAUCCAAGGAAAGGGCAGGACAAGGGAAAUCGGUCAACCUCAACUAGCAAAUGUUUAUCUGGUGCAUGGAUUGCAAGCAAAUCUGAUCAGCAUAAGCCAACUGUGUGAUGAGGGACUGACAGUUGUGUUCACCAAAAGAGACUGCAGAGCUGUGGAUGACGUCGGAAAGGUCAUUCUGCAAGGAAUUAGAUCUGGAAACAACUGUUACAUGUGGAAUUCCUCUUGUAAAGAAGAAAAGUGCUUCACGGCAUGCGAUGAUCUACAUUUGUGGCAUCAACGAUUGGGUCACAUGAACGUCAGGAGUCUUGCCAAUCUGGUUGACAAGGAAAUCGUCAGAGGGGUGCCUAGAGUCAAGGGAGUUGAUAAAUCGGUCUGUGGACCGUGCACUCAAGGCAAGCAAGUCAAAAUUCAACACAAGAGGGUUCCUGAUGUACAGUCAAAAGCAGUUCUUAAUCUGGUUCACAUGGAUCUAAUGGGACCAGUUCAAACCGAGAGUUUGGGAGGCAAACGCUAUGUGUUCGUCCUUGUGGAUGAUUUUUCUCAGUACACCUGGGUCAGAUUUCUUCGUGAAAAGACUAAGACAGCUGAAAGCUUCAGAAUAUUGGCACUGUGUUAUAUCCUUAACGACAAAGACUAUCUCGGAAAGUUUGACUCAAGAAGCGAUGAAGGAAUAUUUCUGGGAUACUCGGGAAAUAGCACUGCAUUCAGGGUAUUCAACAUCAGGUCAAAAGUUUUGAUCGAGUCGGUGAAUGUGGUGUUUGAUGACUAUGCUUGCACUAAGUGGGAAGGAACUGUUACAGGCAGUGACUCAGACAAAGAGGAAGAAGAUCGGUCAGCAGCUCACGCUGAGGAAGGUGAUCAAGCAGCUGUGAUUCCACCAUCUGAGGUUCAGCAAGUUCACCGAAAUCACUCACCUUCAGAUCUCAUUGGUGAUGUGAAUGAAGGAAGAAGGACUCGGGGAGUUUAG